AUGGGGGACGCAGAUGAUAUGUGUCCCAUUUGCCGGUCAAGUCGGUACUUGAAUCCGGAUAUGAAGUUUUUGGUGAAUCCAGAGUGCUACCACAAGAUGUGUGAGUCUUGCGUCGACCGCAUAUUCAGUGUAGGGCCUGCACCGUGCCCAUAUGUGGGAUGCGGUAAGACACUACGAAAAGGACGGUUUAAAACCCAGGUUUUUGAUGAUCUCAAAGUCGAGCGAGAGGUCGAUGUGCGUCAGCGUAUUGUCAAGAUUUUCAAUCGACGUGAAGAUGCUUUUGAUACCGAGGCUGAGUACAAUGAUUACUUGGAGGAAAUUGAAGGGCUGAUUUUCGCCAUUGCCCAAGGUAGUGCGGCCGAACGGGAAGAGGCCGAACAACGAGUCUCAGAAUACGAAAAGCUGCACAAACAGGAGAUUAUCCAAAACGCGUUACAGCAGAAGCAGGACGACGUGUAUGCUGAAGAACAAGCCGCCAGCGAUGCCGAGCACCAACGGCGAUUACGACUACUAGCGAUAGAACUGCAGCAGCAAGAAGCUGAACUGGCGGCUCAGCAAGAAAAAGAGACGAUUGAGGCGCUGGAGGCCGGCAAAACAAGCGAGCAAGCCGUGCGGGAAGCCAGAGAACGGGCCCAACUGCGAGCCGAGCAGCUACGCCAGCAGUUUGAGCUGGAACUGUCACGGCCCCGCCGGGCAAUUACCAGGAAAGGAGCAGCGGCUGCACAUGCCUCGGCCGCCCGCACUCCCUUCACACCGUUUGUGGGAGACCGGCAGAUGGAGUACUUGUUUAGGCAAGCCGAAGAGUACCUCGACCCCACAAUGGAGCGAGCCAACGAACCUGCGGUGCGGGCAGGAGGAUUCACUGCGGCGCUGGCGCAACAGGAAGCUCUCAAGCUGGCGUUCAUGUCUCUGGAGGUCGACAUCCAGACCGAAAAGGCUACUGCGAUUGCCGUAUAA